AUCACAUGGAUGGUUGUCUAUUAACUUGUUCAAAAAAGUAUCAGGAGUUGUCAAGGCAGAGAGAGAGAGUGUGUGUGUUUGCAAAAGGGGGUAAAGUAGUUUGCUGGCUCUUUAAGACCGAGGUGGAGAGAGAGAGAGAGAGGGAGAGAGAGAGAGAGAGAGAGAGCGGCAGGCAGAGAAAAGGGAAAAAGGAGGAAGAAGUUUUUUAAAAUCAAGACUCCGGCGGUAAUAAUAGCAGUUAUUAGCAUUAUUAAUCCAUCAGCGAAGAAGAAGAUCCUGAUCUUGAUCCAAGUGUGGUUUUGGGGAGUCCCCCUCCCCCCUUUCCUACCCCUCCCUAGGAAAAAAAAAAAAAAAAGUCCGGCUUGGGACUCCGCUGCGGCUGCUCCUCGUUUCUCUGCUCAAGGCUGGUUCCAGCAAAAGUAGUUUGAAUGUACAACAUGAUGGAAACCGAGCUGAAACCUCCCGCCCCCCAGCAAACUUCGGGGGGAGGCACAGGCAACUCCAACUCGGCCGCCAACAACCAGAAGAACAGCCCGGACCGGGUCAAGCGCCCGAUGAACGCGUUCAUGGUGUGGUCCCGCGGGCAGCGGCGGAAAAUGGCCCAGGAGAACCCGAAGAUGCACAACUCCGAGAUCAGCAAGCGGCUCGGGGCGGAGUGGAAACUUUUAUCCGAGGCGGAAAAGAGACCCUUCAUUGAUGAAGCCAAGCGGCUCAGAGCUCUGCACAUGAAGGAGCACCCGGAUUAUAAAUACCGACCCCGGAGGAAAACCAAGACCCUCAUGAAGAAGGAUAAGUACACGUUGCCGGGGGGCUUACUGGCACCGGGCACCAAUACCAUGACGACUGGGGUAGGGGUUGGGGCCACCUUGGGAGCUGGGGUGAACCAGAGGAUGGACAGUUACGCGCACAUGAACGGCUGGACCAACGGAGGCUAUGGGAUGAUGCAAGAGCAGCUCGGCUACCCGCAGCACCCGGGCUUGAACGCGCACAACGCGGCGCAGAUGCAGCCCAUGCACCGCUACGACGUGAGCGCCCUGCAGUACAACUCCAUGACCAGCUCGCAGACUUACAUGAACGGAUCGCCUACCUACAGCAUGUCCUACUCCCAGCAAGGGACCCCGGGCAUGGCCCUGGGCUCCAUGGGCUCGGUGGUCAAGACGGAAUCCAGCUCCAGUCCCCCCGUAGUCACUUCCUCGUCUCAUUCAAGGGCUCCUUGCCAAGCUGGGGACCUUCGGGACAUGAUCAGCAUGUAUCUACCAGGUGCUGAAGUACCAGAACCAGCUGCCCCAAGCAGACUUCAUAUGUCCCAACACUACCAGAGUGCACCUGUUCCUGGCACAGCCAUUAAUGGCACACUCCCUCUAUCACAUAUGUAAGACAAAGGGGCCGGGGGGGUGGGAGGGGAGGGAAAGGAAAACUAAACAAAACAAACAACAAAAAAACUUUUAUUAGAAAUUCUGGACUUUUUUUUUUUUUUGGACUAUUUUUGUACAGAGAAAACUCCGGAAGGGGGGUGGGG